AUGACUAACAGCUCCCAGCAAAAAUCCUCUUCCUUGAAGCCUUCCUCCUAUGCUUCCGCGUCGCAGAGGAAAUCUCGCUGGGAGUCCUCUUCCUCCGCCGCUGCUGACGCCAGCAAUCCACCGUCGGGAUCGAAAUCCAACCUGCCUAAACCGGCUAAACCUCAUUCCAAUUCCAAACCCUCGCCGAAGCUGAAGACAGGGCCGUCUCCCAAGCCUACCGCUCCUCCGGAAGCUCUUGCUCCGCCACCAGGUGCAGCCUUCCCUUUCCCUGACUUCGGACCUCCUCCUACUCCCACCUAUGGCUUCCACAUGCUGGAAAGACGGACCAUUGUCCUUGCAGACGGUAGCGUUCGGUCCUACUUUGCUCUUCCCCCAGAUUACCAGAACCUCCCUCCUUCCCGUUUCGUGACCCCUCGUCAGCUUCCAACCGGCGGGGAUCUCAGAUUCCCGCCAAUGAGUCCUGAAGGUUUAGGGUUCCGUGAUGGCAAUCAGGGUCGAGAUCAAAACCACAGCGCCGCUAUGAAGAGGAAGCACGCUGGAGGAGGGGAGGACGAGUUCAAGUUCAGCGACAACCCGAACGGGUUUCAUUCAGCUGGGGCCGGGCCAAGCAGUCCUUUUAUGAGGGGUGAUGAACUGAGGCCAGGGAAGUUUAUGAGGAUUGGUGGUGACAGCGCGGGAAUGAUCCAUAAGCACCUUGAAGUGGACCAGAACAAGCUAAAGACGGCUUUUCUACACUUCGCUAAAGUGAUUAAUGACAGUGAAGCAGAGAGAAGGCGUUAUUUAGAGAACGGCAAGCAUGGACGGAUACCUUGUGUCGCUUGCAACAGGUCGAAAGAUUUUGCAGAUGUGCAUGCUCUUAUAAUGCAUACAUACAACUCAGAAAAAGCUGAAUCUCGUGUGGAUCACUUGGGUUUACACAAAGCCCUGUGUGUUUUAAUGGGAUGGAACUUCACCAAGAUUCCUGAUAGUUCAAGGGCGUACCAGUUCCUACCUGCCCAUGAAGCAGCAGCAAACCAGAACGAUGUGAUUGUGUGGCCGCCUUUGGUGAUUAUUCAUAACACAGUUACAGGAAGGGGUAAAGAUGGGCGCUUGGAAGGUUUGGGAAAUAAAGUCAUGGAUGGCAAAAUAAGAGCUCUUGGAUUUCCAGGUGGCAAGUCCAAGUCACUGUAUGGAAGAGACGGUCAUCAAGGAAUGACGCUCGUAAAGUAUAGCGGUGACAUGUCAGGCUUGAAGGAGGCCGUGCAGCUGUCCGAUCAUUUUGCGGUGCAGAAUCAUGGGCGAAUCACAUGGGAACGUAUACAACCGGUGACUUUAGGCAGGGAUGACGACGAGCGGAAUCCAAACUUCGUGAAGGUGGACCAUCGCAGUGGGGAUAAGACGAGGAUUCUGUACGGGUAUCUUGCCACAGCUGCUGAUCUUCACAGGUUGGAUUUCGAGACGCGGAGGAAGGUUACGAUUGAGAGCCUUCGAGAAUACCAGCAAGUCAGGCAUCCUCGUCCUCGAUAA